CUGUAUUUUCACUGCAAUCUAGCUACACAUCCAAGAAAACCUAGAAUCGUGCUGCUGGCUCUUGAUCAAAGAUUGAAUCCAGCCACUCAAGCCAAUAACAAAGAUAGUCUUAGCUUUCUUCCUACGGUAGUUGGUGUAAUUGAACGAUGUGGACGUUAUGUGCAACAGUUGAGUUUUGGACAAAGAUGGCUACGUAUAUCACAACCAAUUAUCGAUUGUAUUGCAAGCAAAUGCAAUCGACUCCGUGUCGUGGAUCUUGGCGCAGUAAUUCUCAGCGCGGAUUUAAGCCCCUUACUGGAGAAAAUUGCUCCACAACUAGAGGAAUUUUCUUUGGAGGAGACAAGUUGGAUCAAUAAUCAAUACGCAGCGAAGGUGCAAAACUAUUUCAAAGAUAUGAAAAGGUUACGGAAGCUCAAUCUCCGCUCUGCCAUGUUCCAACUAACGAAGCUUGCCGAUUUGCCCAUGACUCUCAAGUUCAUCGAAAUCAGUGGGGCCCAUGCUUUUCCACCAGAAGUUCUACUAGAAUUCUUGGAAGGUCGAGAUGAGCUCGAAGAAUUCUAUGCAUCACCGGUUCCUAUGCUUGACGACGAUAUUAUCGAUGCUAUUGGCUCUCUGCCAAAUCUACGACACCUUUCAUUAGGACAUAAUCAGAAUAGCGAAUUAAAUUUUGAAGGACUGGCAUUUUUAACAAAGCUGGAGACACUUCGUUUCAAUGUGAGUUCCAAUUGCAUUAUCUUCAAAAUCACAAAAAAAGUUCUCAAGGCAAGCGCCAUGAUUGGUUCACUUGAUCCGCUUGCCCUUGAUCCAUUUCGCCAUUGGUCAAAUCAGUGAAC